UCCAGCGGCCCGGACGACGCGGAUUUUGUGAAGCUGCACCCGAGUGGCAAGCCGCACAUCACCAACACUCCGGCGGCUGUGAGCGAUGGUCUGGACGACUUGGACGACCUGGACGACCUGGACGACGAUGACGACGUUGACAUGGUGGCGAUUGGACCCUCGGGCGCGGAGUACGGCGGACCCACGCGUGGCGGCAAGCUCAAAGAGCCCACGCGCUUCGGCGACUGGGAGCGCAAGGGCCGCUGCUCGGACUUC